UCUGUGUUGCGAGACAGACAAAGGGAGGGAGAUGAGGCUGGGCUUCUCUCUUCCAUCUCUCUCCAAAUUCUCACCAAUCUUCUCUCACUACAAUCCAGUCCAACCCAUCUCAUCUUCCUCAUCCACUUCCCUAAAAACCCAAACCCCACUCUUUCUCAGACCGCCCACUCACUCCACCACCCUCUCACACCUCCAAAAAUGGCAAAACUGGGCCAAAACCCUAGCCUCCUCAGUCACCUCCACUGACAAUGGCCCAGACACAACCCUCUUGCUCAGAGAACUCAAUUGGCUCAUCGAAGACGCCCUCGUAAACCCCAAAUCAAUCUUACCCCAAUUGGGUAAUGAAGACAUGGUUGUGACAUUGAGAGCCGAAUUGAAAGAUUUGUAUGUGUUAUGGAAGCAGAGGAUUGAAGAGAGGAGACCCUUUCAGUAUGUGGUUGGGUGUGAGCAUUGGAGGGACUUGGUGUUGAGUGUUGAAGAAGGGGUUUUGAUCCCUAGGCCUGAGACUGAAUUGGUUGUUGACUUGGUGAGUGAUGUGGUUGAGGGAAAUGAGGAGUUGAGGGAUGGGUUGUGGGCUGAUUUGGGGACUGGAAGCGGCGCGCUUGCUAUUGGGAUUGGGAGGGUUUUGCGGACUUGUGGGAGGGUUGUUGCCACUGAUUUGAGUCCCGUCGCGGUGGAAGUCGCAUCUUAUAAUGUUCAGAGGUAUAAUUUGCAGGAUAAAAUCGAGAUAAAGCUGGGAUCCUGGUUUGAACCUUUGAAGGAUUUUGAAGGAGAACUUGCUGGUCUUGUGAGUAACCCACCAUAUAUACCGAGUGAACAUAUCAGUGGGCUACAAGCAGAAGUUGCUAAACAUGAACCUAGACUCGCAUUAGAUGGUGGUGCUAAUGGCAUGGAUGAUCUUCUCCAUCUCUGCCGUGGAACUGCUUCAAUGUUGAAACCCGGUGGAUUCUUUGCAUUUGAGACAAAUGGGGAAAAGCAGUGCAAGUUUCUUGUGGAUUACAUGAAAAAUGAAUUGAAGGGCGGCUUCUGUGAUGUAGAUAUUGUAUCGGAUUUUGCUGGUAUGCAGCGAUUUGUGACUGGAUUCAGAAGCAAGACCAAUUGUCAAUGAGAAAUGCUGGAGACCCACAAUUUAGAUCCACAAAUUCAAUGUAGUAUUCGAGAAGCGGAGAAAAGAAACAUGAGGUAUGAGCAUAGUCAAUGUAGUAUUCAGGAAAUAUGAAAAAAUCCAUCAUGUUAUUGCCUUCUUUGAUACUGAUGCAGCCGCUUCAAUCAUGAAACAUUCCAUUUUACCCAGUUCUCAUUGGGAAUCCUGUUAUCGUCCAUUUCUAGCUGCAAAUGGAGAGUUUGGUCAUUGCCACCCUCAUCAACAAGCCAUAGGUAUAACCAUGACAGUCGCAAGUUUUACUGAAGCCUACCUCCGGUUGUUGAUGAAGCAGUUGACCAGAAUUCUUGUACUUACUAGUAGGUCAAGGGUUCGAGUCUUACCACAAUCAACACUUCCCGUCUCUAGGCUACAAUAUACCAGAGAAAAAUGAAGAUGUGUAAUAAUGAAAAUUUUAUGUUACUGAACUUUGAAUUCCAGGGGUUGUCUUGUUUCUUGUGAUUGUGGUUAAAAGUGAAUUGUAACUCAGCCAGGAUAACAUUUGAAGUCCAUUAUUUGGGGGAUGCUAUUACUACAAAGAGCAAACAUCCAUAGGCGAUGCUAAUGAUUUCUCACAUAUUUGUCUAAA